AUGACUCCUGAGUACAAGACAUACAUGAGCAUGUUUAAGUAUUUUGACAUGGCUUGUGAUAUAGCAUUGGGCACCAGCGUGAAGGUUCAAUAUGUUAAGCAUAAUUUGAAGAUAAUGGUGCAUGAACUUCAAAACUGGGACAACGAAAUGAUCGUGCCAAACCCCGACCAGCAUGACUCAGAUGAAACUGAAGGCACAACUCUACGAGAUCCUCAGUACACUCGUUCAUGUGGCAGGCCGCGUUUGAAUCGGUAUAGAGAAAGAAUUGAAUACUACUUUAUAAGUUCAUGGCCACAUGGUAUAUUUGGAGCUAGUAAUGGCGGAAGAACUGGUGUUAGAGGGGGUGGCAGGGGUGGUGGAAGGAUUAGUGGUAGUGGUAGUGGUAAUCGUGGUGGUAGAGGUGGCGGUAAAAGUGGUGGACGUAGGGGUAGGUGUAAUGGGUAA